CAGACUUUCUAGCUGAGGAUGUGGGGACCGGUGGAGGAAGCACCUAUGUUUCCAAACCAGUCAGCUGGGCUGAAGAAACAGAUGACCUGGAAGGAGAUGCUUCAACAACUUGGCACAGUAUUGCUGACGAUGUGUAUAGGGCGCCUCCAAUUAACUGACCACUCCGUCCUUCCCACUGCUCCACCCGCUGCCCGGGAAUUGAGUAUCAACCGGAGCCGUCUUCCCAAAUCCCCGCCUGACACUGCUUUUUUGGGGAAUCUAACCUAUGAUGUGACAGAAGAGUCAAUUAAGGAAUUCUUUAGAGGAUUAAAUAUCAGUGCAGUGUGUUUACCACGUGAACCCAGCAAUCCAGAGAGAUUGAAAGGUUUUGGUUAUGCUGAAUUUGAGAACUUGGAUUCCGUGUUCAGUGCCCGGAGUCUCAGUGGAGAGUCUCUAGGCAACCAGAGAAUUCCAGUGGACAUGGCUGAUAAAGCACAGAAUAAAGGCGGGGUCGAUCGUUCUUUCGGCCAUGAUAGAAGCCGGGAUUCUGACAAAACAGAUACAGACUGGAGAGAGCUCAUCCUGCCACAGACAGCUUUGAUGACUACCUGCCUAGACGAGGAACUUGAGAGGUCCUUCACCUAGCUGUUCCCACCUGUGCACCUUACAGAAGCUGGUCUGUUGACACCCCUGGCCACACACAGCACUUGUAGAAACCCACAGUCAGCAUUCCCAGUCAUGACCAAGACCUGCUCAGGAUUCAGGCCCUCCCCAUUGCACUGGAAACCCAUUCUGGCUACCUGUGCUAUUCAGCCUCCUCUUUGCUCCUAAAAAUGAACAAACAGCCAGUGACCACUCAGUCAUUUAAGAAAACCCAACAGCAAGAAAGAAAAGAACAAAGAUGAAAAUGAGAGUGGGGGCAGAGGGGGUGGGAAGAGGGAGCGGAAGAGAACAUGGCUGCCCCGGGAGAAGCAGAUAAUUCAUGCAUGAGAACCCUGAAAACCAUUCAAGAGGCUAUGACAUCACAUGGUUUUGAAUAUGACAACACAAUUAAGUUAGAUCAAUAAAGAACAAAUUGCAAAGAAAAAAUGGAAAUGAGAAAUACCAAGGAGCCACUGAAAAACUAAAAUAUACUUAUUGAAGUUAGUGGUUCAUGUGGGUGAGGAUGAGGGUCAGGGCAGGUUCACCACAAAGGGGCCACAGGAGAGAAUUUUUGGGAGUGAUGAAAUGUUCCAUACUUUGACUGUAGCCAAGGUUACUCAACUACAUGGGUUUGUCAAAACUCAUAGAAUCGUAUUCCAAAAAGAAUAAAUGUUAUGUUACAUAAAAUUUAAAAAGUUAAUUUUAUAAAAAUAUGUAAUUGUUGAAAUAAAAUAGCUAAUAGAGAGAGAAUAAUGGAAUAAGCAAUCAGACUAGUGAUCUUCAAGAUAAAUUGGAGAUCAAAAAGCAACUCCCCUAAUGAAGAGCAAAAAGAUAAAUGAACAAAAUGAGAGUCCCCAGUAUUGGGACUGCUGUGUCAAAUGGUAUUUCUGGUUCUAGAUCCUUGAGGAAUCCCCAGUGUCUUCCAUGAUGGUUGAACUAAUUUACACUCCCAUCAACAGUGUAAAAGCCUUCCUAUUUGCCCACAGCCUCGCCAGCAUCUGUUGUUUCCAGACUUUUUAAUGAUCGCCAUUCUGACUGGUGUGAGAUGGUAUCUCACUGUGGUUUUGAUUUGCAUUUCUCUAACGAUCAGCAAUGAUGAGUCUUGUUUCAUAUGUUUGUUGGUCACAUAAAUGUCUUCCUUUAAGAAGUGUCUGUUCUUAUCCUUCACCCAUUUUUUGAUGGGGUUAUUUGAUUUUUUCUUGUAAAUUUGUUUAAGUUCCUUAUAGAUUCUGGAUAUUAGACUUGUGUCCAAUGGGUAGCUUGCAAACAUUUUCUCCCAUUCUGUAGGUUCCCUGUUCACUCUCAUGACAGUUUCUUUUGCUGUGCAGAUGCUCUUUAGUUUGAUUAGAUCUCCUUUGUCAAUUUUGGCUCUGUUGUUUUGGUGUUUUAGUCAUGAAGUCUUUCCCAUGCCUAUGCCCUGAAUGGUAUUGCCUAGGUUUUCUUCUAGGGUUUUUAUGGGUUUGGGUUUUACAUUUAAGUCUUCAAUCUAUCUUGAGUUAUUUUUUGCAUAAGGUGUAGAAAGGGGUCCAGUGUCAGUUUUCUGCAUAUAGCUGGCCAGUUUUCCCAGCACCAUUUAUUAAAUAGGGAAUGAUUUCCCCAUUGCUUGUUUUUGUCAAGUUUGUCAAAGAUCAGAUGGUUAUAGAUAUAAAAAUUGAUAUAGGACAUUUUUCUAUGACAAGAAGAAAAUUCAAGAGAGAACUAAAUUAUAUAAAAAAUUCAGUGACCACUGAACAUGACUUAAAAUGGUAUUUUUAAGUUUGAUUAGAGCCCACAGUACGAGAUGCAUCUCACCUCACAGCUCAGUACAUGCACAGAUGCACAUAAAAUGCAAGCUUUGGAAUAAUACCUAGACUAAUUUUGUGUGAUGCCCUUUAACUUUUUCUAUUUUAUUCCAGUAUAUUCCCUUUUUCUUAAUGUUGGUCUUGACCUACUAAAUCAAUGCCCUGACUCAGUAAAUGGAGCCAAUCCACAGUUUGAAAAAUAUAGAUCUCAGAGAAGCAAGCAGGAAAAAAAUUAAGCAUAAAGAAUGGGAGGACACAGCAGACUGUAACAUGUGGGAUGCUCCUUUUGACUGGCAGAAGUUUAACAGCAUAGGGUUACUCAGCCAGAAAAUAUUUUUGAAAUACCAACUGUUAGUCUGUUUGUGUUGCUAUAAGAAUACCCGAGACUGGGUAAUCUCUAAAGAAAGAGGGUUUGUUGGAGUCAGUGGCUCACACCUGUAAUCCCAGCACUUUAGGAGGUCGAGGCAGGCAGCUCAUGAGGUCAGGAGAUUGAGACCAUCUUGGACAACAUGGUGAAAUCCCAUCUCUACUAAAAAUACAAAAAUCAGCUGGGCAUGGUGGCACGUGCCUGUAAUCCCAGCUACUUGGGAGGCUGAGGCAGGAGAAUCACUUGAACCAGGAAGUAGGAGGCUGCAGUGAGCCGAGAUUGCACCACUGCACUCCAGCCUGGUGACAGAGUGAGACUCCAUCUGAGAAAGAGAGAAAAAGGG